AUGACACAAAAACUAAACGCAGAUAUUCAGUUUCGACCAAACACACUCGACUUGAAUAAGGAAGUAAGACCACAGUGCGUGAUUUGUACAACAGUUCUCAGUAAUGAUGCACUAAAACCUGCAAAAUUAGAACGACAUUUGAAGACAGUCCACCCAAAUUUUAGUGAUCGUUCUCGAGAAUUCUUUGAAGGUAAGAAGGAAAACUUUAAAAAAAUGAAACUUGGGACAAGUGGUACGAGAUUUGAAACCUCUGAAAAAGUGCUUCAUACCUCAUAUGAGAUCUCCCUAUUAAUUGCAAAAUCUAAAAAACCUCAUACUAUUGGUGAAACUUUGAUCAAACCGUGUUUGUUGAAAGCCACAGAAGAGAUUUUAGGUAAGGAAGCAGCAAAAAAAAUACAAAACAUUCCUUUAUCAAAUAACACUGUAAAAUCGCGAAUAGGAAAUAUGUCACAAGACAUUGAAGAACAGCUUAUAUGCCUCAUAAAAAAAUCUCCCUGGUUUGCUCUUCAGUGUGACGAAAUGCAGAUAAUACAAUAA